GCGUCUGGAUUCAGGUAUGGUGAGAGUGGUUAUUAGUCAGAACAGGCAGAACACUGUCUAUAAAACCAGUGAGAAGGGAAGUAGGCCUACUGGAUAUUCGUGCAUCUCUGAUAAAACUGUUUUAGAGAAGACCUCUGCGCUGAGGCUCUGAGCACGAGCUAGUGAGUGAGUGAGUAGAGCUACAGCUCCCUCUAUCUACUGCUGCUUCUCUAUCUGCUGCUUCUAUCUACUGCUGCUACUACGAGAAGCAUCGCACUGAUGCAAUAAUAUUGUGUUGCCUUCCUCGAUGUACAAUAUUGUUUUCUAUCUGUGAACGAGCUGCUAGCACUCUAGUUGUCAUUGCUGUUCGAUUUGUUUGAGCUCUUCAAAUCGAAGAUGAUUACUUUCAUAUUGACUUCGUUUGCUCUCGCUAUCAUUGUAACAUACCUUGUUAAGCUGUCCUAUAGAAGAUAUCAAUUUCUGAGAAAGCUCAAAGGAUUGCCUGGGCCUAAGGCUUAUCCAAUUGUUGGAGACUUGGAAAUGCUGUAUUUGAAGAGGAAUGAAUUGAUGAAAAUGAACAGUGAAAAAAGAGAGUUAUACAAAUCAAUCUACUUGGAAUGGUCAGGUCCAUUUGCUGAAAUCCAUCUUCUAAGGCCAGAAUAUGUUGAGGUCGCAUUGAAAAGUACUGUCAACAUAACAAAAUCAAUGGCUUAUGACUUCCUUCAUGACUGGCUUGGAACUGGUCUACUCACAAGCACAGGCAGAAAAUGGCAAGAAAGGCGUAAAAUGAUUACUCCUGCUUUUCAUUUCGGGAUCCUGGAGGAUUUUGUCGAGAUAUUUGGAGAGAAGAGCAGAACUCUUGUAGAAAUAUUGAAGAAACAAAAAUUCGGAGAGGAAUUCGACAUGUAUCCGAUGAUAACAAACUGUGCAUUGGAUAUUAUUUGCGAAUCGGCGAUGGGAACCACGGUGAAUGCACAGGAGAAAAAGGACUCUGAUUAUGUGAGAGCGGUCUAUGAAGUCAGUGAACUAAUACUCUACAGAGCUUUGAGACCAUGGCUAUAUGCAGAGUUUAUAUGGAAGAUGUCAAGUCAUGGAAAAGCAUUUUACAGGAAUUUGAAAACUCUACAUGACUUCACAAAUAAAGUAAUAGUGGAGCGUAGAGAAGCCACUUCUAAAAAAUGUUCUCUGAACGAGUCUGACGAUGGAGUUGGAAGAAGAAAGAAGAAGGCCUUUCUUGAUUUGCUCCUCGAGGCAACUGAAAAUGGACAUGAGUUAUCGCAAGCAGACAUAAGAGAGGAGGUUGAUACAUUCAUGUUUGAAGGCCACGAUACAACGGCAGCAAGCAUUGGUUGGGCGAUAUUUCUCCUGGGGAACAACCCUGAAGUUCAGGACAGAGUUGUGGAGGAAUUGAAUGAUAUCUUUGGCGAUUCAGAUCGGUUGGCCACCAUACAUGAUCUGAAUGACAUGAAAUAUUUAGAAAUGGUCAUUAAAGAGACAUUAAGGCUCUAUCCGAGUGUGCCAUUUAUUGGGAGGCUUGUUACUCAAGACAUGGUUGUUGGAGAGCAUUUAAUCCCAGCUGGUGUUUGGGUCAACAUCGAAUUAUUUAGCGUGCACAGAUGUAGAGAUCAUUAUUCUGAUCCAGAAAAGUUUAACCCAGACAACUUCCUGCCAGAAAACACGAAAAGUCGACAUCCUUUCGCAUACGUUCCAUUUAGUGCUGGUCCCAGAAACUGCAUUGGCCAAAAAUUUGCUCUACUUGAAGAGAAGACUAUCCUAUCUUCUAUCUUGAGGAAAUUCAGAGUAGAAUCGACUGAAAAGCAAGAGGAUAUCUGCUUAAUGAUGGAUCUUGUUCUUCGACCAGAGUCUGGCGUCAAAAUCAAAAUGUAUCCUAGAGAACAAUAACAAACAAUAACUUUUGGUAACUGAUUGAAGUUUCCGAGUUUGAGGAAAAGGGAUAUUUUAAAAUGAUGAUUGAAGUGAAUUUGACAUGGGAAUUAGGCCUAUGUUGUGAAAAAUUCAGAUUUAAUAAAUGUUAAGAUAUUCAUUAUUACCUACAAAGUUAUGUUAAGAAUUUCUGAGUGCUAUAUUUUCUACCCGAUUUAUAAAACGAGAUUACUAGUGAGGAAAUAGGUGAAUAUUGUUACGAUUUAAUAAUGUAUAUGCUGUCUUAUUAUAACUGUACUGAAACUUCAAUAACAUAUUGAGAGAGGAGGAUAGGCCUACUAACGUAGAUUUUGUUAUAUACCGUAUAUGUUUGAUUGAUUUUUUAUUUGUGGAAUCCCAAUUUUUAUUGACUGACUUGUCCAAGAUGUUGACAGUAAUAUUGUUCUCU